AUGGAUGAUGACAAAGGGUCUAAUGAUGAGGUAGAAACUCUUCGAGAGGGAUUCGCUGCUGUCAGGUUGUCGAAAGAUUUCAAACAGCAAAUCUGGAACUCCUGGGCUAGAGUGCUCAUAGUUAAGGUUUAUGGGAGAGACGUGGGUUUUAGCUUUCUUCAAGCAAAGCUGUUAUCCUUGUGGAAACCAACAGGGAGGCUGGAUUGUGUUGGGUUAGGAUAUGGUUUUUUCUUAGUCAGACUAUCACUGAGGGAAGAUUAUGAGAAUGUUCUUAAGAAAGGGCCAUGGUUCGUGAGUGGAUACUUCCUCUCAAUCAGAUCGUGGGAACCAAAUUUCAAACUAGAGUUGGCCAGCAUGUCUUCCGUCGCAGUCUGGGUAAGGUUGAAUCAGUUACCAAUCGAAUAUUACAAUGCCGAGGCUCUCCUUCAGAUAGGAAGGUCCAUUGGAAACGUGCUAAGAAUUGACACACAAACGACAAAGGAGUCUAGAGCAAGGUUUGCUCGAUUGUGUGUGCAAAUAGAUGUUGACAAACCUCUCAUCACGACUGUUAGGUUCUAA